AUGGCUGAAUCCUCUCGUAGAAAAAUUCCUACACGCAGAAGGACUGCAUCUCGUGCCUCUCAUCCCUCAACUGUACCAAGAACAACCUCCAUUGAAGGAUGGAUUUCGGAUGAAGAAAGACGUUCUGAAUUCAUCACACUAUGGAAAGACAAACCCCUCAUCACUCCAAAAUUCAUCCAGUCUCAAUGGUUUGUAAAUCGCCAUUUCACAAUUGAAAACUUUCUGGUUGAACAAGGUGUGAAAUUCUUCACAAAGAUGCAAGGCACCUACUAUCCAUAUUUGGUACGAGCCUUUUAUUUCAACUACAAAUUCAGAGAUGGAGUUGGGUUCACAAAAGUGAAAGGUAUCGACAUCAUUUUAGAUGAUGACAUUUGGGAAAAUGUUGCACAAUUUCCCAUUCAUGAUGGCACAUCUCCCAUUCUCACGGCUGGCAUAGAAGGGUUCAACAGAAUUUUUGCAUAUAGAUCCUUUAUGCGACGCCCAGAUCAAGAAAUUGGCCGCCAAUUACUAGCUGGACCUCUCAAAAUCGAUGAGCGUCUACUUCACUAUCACAUUGUUUGGAUUCUAUGCCCACGUGGUACAAAUCACGCACAGUGCAGUGAAGCAGAUCUUAUAAUCAUAUAUGCCAUGCUCAACCACAUCCCCAUCUAUUGGCCAAGCAUCAUUCUUGGCACCAUGCUAAAAGCCAAAAGAUUGCCUCAAUAUCCUCUUCCGUAUUCCUUGCUCAUCUCUCGUAUUUGUGAGUAUAAAGGGAUGGAAAGAGCUCUGGAGGUGGAUCUGCUGGUGGUAGCUGUGCUGCAUAGUUUGGACCAGUUACCUUGUUAUGGCACCCCCGCGUAUCGCUCCUCCUCCACCCCUCAGGGCGAUGGGCAAGACCUGGCUAGGGCGAUCGAGGCAAUGGCUGCUGCUUUGACCCAGCAAAGCAAUGCCAUGUUGCAGCAGCACGAGGCGGCGAUGCAGCGCCAGGAAGCCUCUCUUGAGCAACAGAACUUCAUGAUGCAGCAGAUGGAAGCUGCUAGGCAGGCUGCUGAGGACGCACAGAGGCAGCAUGUGGAUGCUCUCCGUCAGUUAGGGGAGAAUGCUGUAGGUGCUCAGAUGUAUGGUCUUCAUCCCCAACCUCCACCCCCUGAAUGGAGUUUGGAAGACUUCUUGAAGCACCGCCCCGCCAAGUUUGAUGGCAAGACGAGUCCCGACCAGGCGGACCAAUGGAUGAAGGAUAUGGAACGCAUCUUUGAUGCCAAGAGGUGCCCCGAUGAGAGCAGGCUUGCUUUCACAGUCUACAUGCUCACUGGAGAGGCUGAGCAUUGGUGGGCCAGUAUGAGGUUAGUAAUGGAAGAGAAGCACGAGGAUAUCACAUGGGAAGCCUUCAAGAGGAGGUUCCUAUCUGAGUUUUUUCCUGAUAGCGUGAGGUACGCUAAGGAGGUAGAGUUCCUCCAGCUGACACAAGGGAACAAGUCAGUGGCUGAGUACGCCGAGAGGUUCAAGCAUCUGGGGUGUUUCUACACCAUGCCACUAGAUGAAGAGUGGCGAUGCAGAAAGUUUGAGAAUGGUCUCAGAGGAGACAUCCGCUUGAUGGUGGCCCCGCUGUCCAUCAAGGACUUUGCGGCCUUGGUGGAAAAGGCCAGGGUCAUGGAGUGUAUGAAGGUAGAAGUUGAAGCCCAGCAGCAGCCACAACAGAGAGUUAGCGGACCAUCCGGGUCCAGGCCGAGAGUUGAUGAGAAGAAGAAGCCGUAUGCUAGGCCUCAUCCACAGCCACAGGGGUCUAGAGGCUUUUCUUCCCCAUCCAGCAGGAUUCAGUGCCACCAUUGCGGAGGACCGCAUGUGAAGAGUUUCUGCCCGCAGCUGUCAGGUUUUCGCAGGUGCAACCAUUGUGGCAGGGAGGGCCACUUUGGUAGAGAUUGUCCCACUCUGAGGAGGAUAGUGGCACGACCUUCACCACAAGCUCCGAGCCAGACUUCUGGUCAGAUUCAACAGAUGAGGGGAGGCAGCAGGCCUCAGGCUACAGGCAGGGUUUUUGCGAUGAUCGGGUCAGAGGCAGCAGGUUCAGGUAACCUUGUGAUUGGUUGUUAUGUGAUAUCUGGCAAGUCUUGUUGCGUGCUUUUUGAUUCUGGAGCGACACACUCAUUUGUGUCAGAGUCUUGUGUGCGGGCAUUGGGUCUGCCGAUGUGUGAGCUACCGUUUGACCUCGUGAUAUCUACCCCGACAUCUGGGUUGGUUAGGACUUCCUCUGUGUGUGCUAGAUGUCCAGUUGAGGUAGAGGGGCGCGUAUACAAAGUCAAUCUCAUAUGCCUCCCUCUGCAAGGGCUAGAUGUGAUCUUGGGAAUGGAUUGGCUCUCUGCCAAUCAUGUUCUCAUAGACUGUCGGAAGAAGAAGCUGUUGUUCUCAAACUCAGAGGAGCCUGAGUUGUUGUCUUCUCAUGGGGUUAUGAAGGAGAUCCAGGGCGGCGCACAAUGCUUUAUGGUUUUUGCCAGGAUAGAGGUUGAGAAGGAAGAGAGGAUCACCGUGAUACCAGUGGUCAGGGAAUUCGAAGAUGUGUUCCCCGAAGAGGUACCAGGUUUGCCCCCGAGGAGAGAAGUUGAGUUCUCCAUAGACUUGGUACCGGGAGCCGGCCCUGUAUCAAUAGCUCCCUACCGCAUGGCCCCAGCAGAGUUGGUGGAAUUAAAGAAACAGAUAGAAGGACUGCUAGAGAAACAGUUUAUACGGCCGAGUGCUUCGCCGUGGGGAGCGCCUGUCUUGUUGGUAAAAAAGAAGGAUGGCGGCUCAAGGUUAUGUGUGGAUUAUAGGCAACUGAACAAGCUGACUAUCAAAAACAAGUACCCCUUACCAAGAAUAGAUGAUUUGAUGGAUCAGCUACAUGGGGCGUCAGUGUUCUCCAAGAUUGAUCUCCGGUCAGGUUAUCAUCAGAUUCUGGUAAAGGCAGAAGAUGUUGAGAAGAAUGCUUUCAGAUCCAGAUACGGGCAUUACGAGUAUGUUGUCAUGCCAUUCGGUGUGACUAAUGCCCCGGCUUUGUUCAUGGACUACAUGAACCGGAUCUUCCGUCCGUUUCUAGAUAAGUUUGUCGUGGUCUUCAUAGACGACAUUCUCAUCUACUCCAGGACGCAUGAGGAACAUGCCGAGCAUCUGAGGAUAGUGCUUGGUAUCUUGAGGGAGAAACAACUGUUUGCCAAGUUGUCAAAGUGCGACUUUUGGAUGAGGGAGGUGCAGUUCUUGGGGCACGUGAUAUCAGCUCAGGGUAUAGCUGUGGAUCCAGCUAAGAGAUUUAUAGAGGGGUUCUCCAAGAUAGUGGCACCCCUGACACAGUUAACCAGGAAGGACCAACCGUUUGCAUGGACUGAUAAGUGCGAGGAGAGCUUCAGGGAGCUUAAGCAGAGGUUGACGAGUGCUCCCGUGUUGGAGAGGAAGGUGGUGGCCUAUGCUUCGAGGCAGUUGAAAGUUCAUGAGAAGAACUAUCCUACUCAUGAUCUCGAGUUGGCAGCGGUGGUUUUUGCUUUAAAAAUCUGGAGGCACUACUUGUAUGGUGCACAGUUCCGUGUGUUUAGUGACCACAAGAGUUUGAAGUACCUCUUUGACCAAAAAGAGUUGAAUAUGAGGCAGAGGCGAUGGAUAGAGUUCCUAAAGGACUACGACUUCGAGCUUCUCUACCACCUAGGAAAGGCGAAUGUGGUGGCAGACGCACUGAGUAGGAAGACAGUGCAUGUGGCCCACCUGAUGAUAAAAGAGAUGGAGUUGCUUGAGAGUUUCAGGGACAUGAAGCUACAGUUUGAGUUGGAGCCGGAAUUCAUUAGGUGUUGCACCUUGGUUAUAUCUAGUGACUUCCUGAGCUUGAUUAAGGAGAAGCAAGCACAAGAUGCUAGUCUGCAGAGGGUAAAAGAGCUACUUGGGUCGGAUCAGGCCAAGGAGUUUGCCUUGGGCAGUGAUGGUGUGUUGAGGUUCAAAGGCAGAGUUUGUGUGCCAGAUGAUAUCGAGGCUAAGGUGGAGCAUCAGAAACCCGGUGGAACGCUUCAGCCCUUGGACAUUCCGGUGUGGAAGUGGGAUAGCAUAGCUAUGGACUUUGUUACCCACUUGCCUCGCACCGUGAGAGGGCAUGAUGCUAUAUGGGUGGUGGUGGAUCGGUUAACGAAGAGUGCUCACUUUUUGGCGGUUCUGGCAGACGUUGUAGGAGGCUAUGGGCAGCAGGCUGAGGAUGAGUUCUGCUUAUCAUCCUCAGACGGAUGGCCAGUCAGAGAGGGUGAUUCAAUCCUUGGAGGACUUGUUGAGGACAUGUAUCUUGGACCACCUUGGCAGUUAAGAUGA